AUGACGAGCAAGGCACUAUCUAGAAUUGCCAUCGGUCAGUUCUGCUCGUCAUCGGACCCAUCAAGAAACUUGAUAUUAGUCACAGAGCUUAUAUCUAAAGCCAUCGAUAAGGGUGUCCGUCUUAUUUUUUUCCCAGAGGCAUCUGACUAUAUAUCUAGGGAUGCACCUCAUUCAAGGAAGUUAGCACAGGAAACUCCUCGAUUUGUGAGAGACCUACAAGAGAAUAUCAAGUCACUCUCUGAAAGAUCCACAAAGAAAAUUGAUGUGGCCAUUGGUGUGCAUAUGCCACCAAGUUCUGCUGAAAUCGCAAAAGGUGAAAAUCGCGUAAAAAACAUUUUAUACUAUAUAGAUCACCAUGGCGAGAUUGUUGAGUCCUAUCAAAAACUCCACUUGUUUGAUGUCGAUGUACCAAAUGGGCCUAUUAUAAAAGAAUCUGAUUCUGUUCAGCCAGGAUCUAAGAUACCACUGGUUGUGGAUUCACCGGUGGGAAAAUUGGGUUUGGGGAUCUGCUACGACAUGAGAUUCCCCGAGCUAUCCAUGGUGUUGAGGUCACGGGGAGCGCAGGUCUUAUGUUUUCCAAGUGCCUUCACUAUGAGAACUGGAAAGGCUCAUUGGGAAUUAUUAGGUAGAGCAAGAGCAAUCGACACGCAAUGUUUUGUCGUCAUGCCUGCACAGUCUGGAAAGCACGAUGUGUAUGCGGAUGGCAAUGAUUCUGAAGUCAAAAGCGCGGUUGAAAGAGUAUCUUGGGGAAAUUCGAUGAUCAUAAAUCCAUGGCGGGACAUAAUUGCGCAUUCAAACACAAAUCAGGGCCUGAGUGAUCCCCAGCUAAUCAUAGGCGACUUGGAUUUCAGCUUGUUGGACACGGUGAGAGCUAAUAUGCCACUAUGGGAGCAACGUAGAAAUGACCUGUUUAAAUGA